AUGUGGUACAAGUGGGAACAUAACAAUUAUGGGCAAUAUGAUCAUAAUGCAUGUCAUGACAGAAAUUAUGACGACAGUCAGUAUAUGGAAUAUCAGGAACCACCGUAUCACGAAGAAAGCCGACCGUAUCACGAGCACAGAGAUCCCAGAGACCAAGCUUAUCGUAUGAGGGGCCGUCAUGAGAGUGGCUAUCAGAAGGAUUUCCGUGGGGGAUAUCAGCAAAUCCAUGGAGAAUCAGGUCGUUACCAAAAUCUUUCAGAAUCUCAGCGAAAGAAGUAUCCCUAUAAGGGUUUUAAGCCCCAAAUGAAGGAAAGCGAUGUUAGAAUGAAGACUAGUACGGAAAAACCUGUAGAGCCAGGUGCGUACAAGCAGAACCCCAGUGAAACGAAGACGGUGCCCUCGCAGGAUAAUAAUCUUGCACAGGAGCCUGCAAAGCCUGCACAGCAUGAUGCAAAGGUUACACAGCAAGUUACAAAAACUGAAGAUAAUAAUAAAAAGCAUAAACAAGAUGAAACAAAGCCUGUACAGAAUGGAGCAAAACCUGCACAAGUCAGUGCCGCACCUACAAAAGAAGAUGCAAAACUUUUCAGCGAGAAUAAGAAGCCUUCAGAAGGUGUAAAGCCCUUAGAUAAGGGGGCAAAUCCUGCCAAAGAAGAAGUGAAAGUAGAACAGGCAGAUACAAAAACAGAGAUUAAAAAACACAGCAGAGAACCAGGUGGUUGGGCAGAUAUGUCCUCAGACUCUAAAGAGGCAGCUGGCCCCAGUACAAAGAGACACCCAGAACCAGUCGUGAACUAUGGACUCUCUCAUACGGCACAGGAGCUACGUAAAGCAUUUAUUUUGGCUAAAAAAGAAGAAAUCGAGUUGGCAUUUUCCCAAGACUGCAGGACAUUUGCAUGUGUUGCCAGCACAUUACUGAAGAAAGACCCAUCUCUUGAGGUUGCGGUGUCAAAUGCCCUACGGUCUACUCUGCAGGAUAUUGCUGGACACUGUGUGCAAGAACUGAGCAAAUUCAUUGACCACUAUGAUAAUAUCCCUGUAAACGUUUCAGAACGACUUCAGAACUCCGAUAUAUGAUGAACUGAUGCUGAC